GAAAGCGGCAGCUCCACCCAAAUGCGCAGGGUGCCAAGAUCCGGCAUGAAGCGAAAGCAGCUAGUGCGGCCGGAUCGCAGGGUGAAGGAUCGAGCUAUGCAUGCAACGAGGACUGUUCUAUACAAGAAAAAGACGACGGUGGUGACAAAGACGGUCACCACGACGACAUUCACGGGAAAGAAGGCCAAAGGUGACACUGAUCCAGAGCCGGUACAUGAACCUUCGUCGGAUGAAGAGUCAUCCGAUUCAACCAGCUCUUCCUCCUCCGAGGAAGAGGACGAGGAGGAAGACGAGGAGGAGGAGAAGCCGUCGGGUGCCCUUUGCAAAUGCAUUGGUGGUGACAAUACUACAAGCAACAUUGAAGACGAGGAAUCUGAAACCUCAGAGGAGGAAGAUAAUGGCAGCGGUGGAGCAGUGUGCUCGGAAUGAAACAUUUCUCUCAAAACUGCUCUAGCUAGACAUCUCUAAAUAAAAGUGGCCGUGAACAUGGCCGCGGCAACGACGCCACCACCCUU